AUGACGAAGGGUACGAGUUCUAUGGGUAAGCGUCACACCAAGACGCACACGAUUUGCCGUCGUUGCAAUCGUCGUUCCUUCCACCGCCAGCACAAGACUUGCUCUGCUUGUGGUUACCCGUCGGCAAAGACCCGGAACUAUCAGUGGGGCCAGAAGGCCAUUCGCCGGAAGACUACUGGUUCUGGACGCAUGCGCUACUUGAAGACGGUGCCGCGCCGCGCUAAGAAUGGGUUCCGCACUGGCACUGCCUCCAAGGCUGUUGCUGCUUAA